AUGUCGGAAAUCUUGAAACAAAAAGCAUCAUUACAAAUUCCACCAUCUGUACCUUCUAGAACUUCCAGUCGAGCAAGCACUCGUCGAAAUCCAAUUGAUCUAAAGGCUGAUAAUAUUUAUUUUAGUUAUUCCCAACAGGAUCAACCUAUUUGCAGUCGUAUAACUGAUUGUUUAAUCAAUGAAGGUUCUUCUAUUUGUGAAACAUCAUCAACUGCGUCGCAAUUCAAAUCCUAUAUAGACAUAGCUGAUGUUGCAUUGGUUCUUUCAAUGAAAAUUAUUCGAGAAAUAAACAUUCUUAUGCUGAAUUGCAUUAUGCAAAAUCCAAAGGAAAAAAAUUAA